UAAAUAAAUAAAUAAAUCUACACUUCACAGUUCACGUUGCUUCACGUGUUGUGUGACUUGAUUUUCAAAAUAAAAAUUGAUAAAAAUAAUAUAAAUAAGUGACAAUGGCUGAUGAGAAAGGAAUUAGAGUACCUGAUUUGGAUUGGAUUCAGUUGAGAAAAGAUAUGGGCAGUGAGGAAGGGUUGGAAACUUAUUUUGAUAAAAUGAAAAAAAAAAUGAAAGAGAAUCCUCUCAUUGGUGUUGGAUGUGUUGCAACUCUUGCGGCUCUUUCAUUUGGCUUAUGGAAUUUUCAACGAGGAAAUCAACAAAUGUCACAAUACAUGAUGCGUGCUCGUGUUAUUGCACAAGGUUUCACAAUCUUUGUUGCUGCUGGUAGUUUAUCAUUAGCAGCUGCAAAAAAAAAACAAGAAGAAAAACAAGAAAAUUCAUGAAAAAAUUGAUUAUUAAUUUGCAAGAAAAAAAUAAUUUUUAGAAUUAUUUUUUGGCUCAUUUUGUGAGAAUCUGAUUUAUUUAGAUAUUGUACAUACACUGUUAAGAAAAAUGAAAAUUAUAAUAAAUCAAAACUCAUAAUAUUUAUGGAAAAUAAUAAUUUAAAUGCCAAAAUUAAUUUCAAGAGGAAGAUUAUAAUAUUUUUUAUUAUAUUUUACUGGUAAUUAACAAUCAGUAUCUUUACAUUUUUGUAUGUUUAAAUUAUGAUUAAUUUUAUUUUUUUUCUUCCACUUAAAUAUUUAUUUAUUAAUUUAUAUAAAGGGAAAAUUAUUCACUCUUCUUAAAUACUACAAAUAAUUUUAACUAUUGCUACAUUGACAUCAUGCUCUUUUACAAUUCUUACAUUUUUUAAAUUUGUUUAAAAAAAAAAACAAAAAAAGAAAAAUCAUAAUGACUCUUGAAUUUAUACAAAACAGUAAAAAAAAAAAUAAAAAUAAAAAUAAUUUUUUUUUAAUAUAAAAAUUGAAAAGAUGACGUUAACUUUUCAAUACAUAUUUUUGCAAUUAUUUGACAACAUUUUAUGCAUGAGUUAUUUGCAAAUUAAAAAUUGAAAAAUAGUAAUAAUAAUCUUAUGGAAAUAUUAAUUAAAUAUGGCUAUAAAAUAUGACAAUCAGGAUUCAUUCUUCAAUUCAGUCUUGGGGAAAAAAAAAAUGCAUCUUAGGAAAUAUCUACCUGGUCCUCAUAUAGCCAUCAACGAAUAUUGCCAAUAGUCUGAGCUAUUUUAUUUUGAUAAUAAUUAUUUUUGUUUUGUUUUUUUCUUUGAGUAUUAUUACGAUGGCUCAUUUACAACUUUAACGAUACAUUAGUAAUUAAAUUAUAAUAUUUAAUCAUGAUUUUUAUUUGAAAAUGGCCAAUGAGAUUUAAGUGUACUUGUACUUAAUUUACGUGUACCACUCAUGCUCAAUGAUCGUGAACGUAAACUUGGAGGACUAUUUGAACUGCAACUACUUAGACUUGUACUUGGUGUUAGACCAAAUAUUUCCUGCACAGUUGGUCUUGAAUUUGUGUAAUCAGAUUGAACUGAUUCUGAAAUAAAUAUAUUUAAAAAUUAACA